GCAAAUGUCUCCCUUAACAACAGAAAUGUUAGGCUCAGUUGUGGUCGCAAGUCAAGGACUAUCUGUACAUGUAUAUUCUGAUGACAUAAAGUUUAUAAAUAAUUCAACACUGCUAUUGAACCUGAACUGAAAGAAGCUACCUACAUAGCUUCCUUCUAGUAUCUUGCAUUACAGCAUGCACUGUAUUGCCAGUCCUUAGCCAAAAAGCAGCUACUGCUUGCUUGCACUGGCUUCAUUCCAGAACUUGAUUGUUCUGGGGCUGUGAGGAUACAGUUCUGGGGCUGUGUGCAAACCAUGACAAGAUCUGCUCCUUAGGUUUAGGCAUAUAUGCUAAAAUUGCUUCUUCUCCUUAAACUAGGCAACCUGCAAUCAGCCAUCUGUGUCUUGUUGGGAGCUUUCCAAGUUGCAGUACAUUAAGUACUACUAGAAAGAGUGAAUGAGUCUUCAUGGGUUCUUUUAGUUACCUGGAGCUGCUUUCAGCAAACAAUCCCUGAGUUUGCAAAACAAGAUAAAUGUAACUAAGAUGGCUUGUGAGAAAGGAUAACUGUGCACAUGCGAGUACUUUCACUGAUAUUAUUUAACCAUUUGAAUCUGGUAACUGAAAAUGGUAGCAAUUCAUAAAGUUUAGGUCAGUGCCUUUUUACCAUGCCUAUACGUUCCAAAGACCAAAUCUCCUAAACUCUUAUCCUGAGUUAUAUAGACUGUUCCCUGACUAAGCGCUGGAGUUACAACUUCUUCAUAUAUGGGAAACUAUAUACAUGCAGCUAUGUCAAGACCUACAUCCUCUUAUAAAGGCAGAAGUUCUUAUUCUAGGUCAAUGAUGGCGAACCUAUGAAUGUUAAAGCUUCCACACCAUUCUCUGGGUAUCAUGCCAGCAUACAUAAAUCAUAAAUCAUUAUUAGAAGCACACACUAUUCUUACUCAACUUUUGGAAGCCCUGGAGGUUGCAUGGGGAUGGGAUAAACUCUUGCACAGCCUCAAAACCCUCUGAAAGAUACUUGAGAAUGGGGCGUGGUUUCCUGGUGUUUUUUUUUUUGGACACUGCAGAGGCCACUUAAGAACAUUCUGCAAAGCUGCUUCAAGAACAAAGGCUUUGUGAGAUCCAGAGCAGCCUUGAAUAGGAUCUGUCACCAGAAAGAGAAACACUGGUUGAAGAGCCAUCAUGGAAAUGAACACUGGAGGCAUGAGGCAAAGAAGCUCUCAGGAGCAGACCAGGGGAGAAGAGGAAACACAAUUACUCAAUGGAGAGGAUGAACACCUGGAGAAUGUCAUUGCCCACAGCCAAUGGAAGAGACACCUGGAGGUGAUGAAGGUGAAUGUCCUGGAACAGGUACACAAUCAGCUGAGUGAUCUCUUGGACAAGACCUUGGAAGAAGCAGCUCAUUCCAUACCCUGGCAUUUGAGGGUGGACCCAGCAAAGAAGCAAAGCAGAGAGAAAGGUCAGCUACUGAAGAAGAAAGUCUUUGUCCCUCAACAGUCAUUGUAUGACACGUUGAUGGAGGUGGAACAUUUCCGCACAAUCCGUCACAUAUUUGUGGCCAUGCUCUGUAUCUUUGUCCUCAAACAAAUCAUUGGGGAUUCCAUCGACGAAGGACGUCUUGUUUUGGAUUUCGAUCUCAUUAUCAGUAGCUUUCGACAACUCCCCACAGCACUCUUUGCCUGGCUCUGCAUGUUCCUCUACACCUUAUUUGUGCCCUACCAGGCCCUGCAAAUAUGGUCAGGCCGCUUGAAGAUGACCAGGUUCCCCAACCUCUUGACAGUCACCUUGGUGGUGUUGGUGCUGCUCUGCCACACUGCAAUGCUGGGCUUCUUCCCCAUCUAUAUCCUUCUCUCCUGUGAUUUGGGAAUUGCCUCCCGUUUUAUUGUCAUCUCUGAGCAGAUCCGGUUCCUGAUGAAAAGCCACUCAUUUCUGCGAGAAUCGAUGCCCCCUCUUCUCCUUGCCAGGGACCAAGUUGGGAAGAUAAGCCCUCCUGAAUUAUCAACAUAUUUGUAUUUUCUCUUCUGCCCUACUUUGAUCUACAGAAAGAGCUAUCCAAGAGAUCCAUACAUCCGCUGGAGUUACGUCAUCCAAAAAUUGGUUGAGUUCCUGGCGAGUAUAUAUUUUCUGAAUUUCCUUAUGAAAUACUCCUUCAUCCCUAUGUUCAAAAACAUGCAUAAGCAGCCCUUCACCAUCAAAAUCCUGCUACUUUCCAUCUUUGAUUCAGUAGUAUCUGGAAUAACUCUGGGAAUCAUGAUCCACUAUUUCCUCCUGCACUGCUGGCAAAACAUGUUUGCCGAGAUCCUACGCUUUGCAGACCGUUCUUUCUACAAGGACUGGUGGAAUUCCAGAUCAUUCUCUGGAUUCUUUCGGAUAUGGAAUAUAAUUAUACACGACUGGCUGUACUACUAUAUUUAUCAAGAUAUUCUGCGGCUGUUUGGAGGGAGAGCCCGAGGUGGAGCUAUGCUGAUUGUCUUCCUUCUCUCAGCGGUUGUCCAUGAAUACCUACUCACCUUGGCCUUUAGCAUGUUCUUUCCUGUCAUGUUUGUGCUAUUUGCCAUGAUAGGAGUGUUGCUUAACUUUGUUCUAAAUGAUAAGAGAAAAAACCCUGUCUGGAACAUCAUCAUAUGGAUAGGCCACAUUUUGGGCAUGACAACCAUUUUCUCCUUAUUAAGCCAAGAGUGGUUCGCACAUGCCCACUGUCCACUCAAGGAGAAGACCUUCUGGCAGCUAGUGAUUCCACGUUCCUGGUCUUGCCACCAAUAAGCAGCUAUUUCCAGCCUACCCUAUCUUACUUUGCUUCAAAAAAGACUUCUGACAAAGAUAGCACAUUACUCUGCUGCUGUGGCAAGAAGGACUCUCAGCACAUCCACCCCCUCCAUGAAAAGCUGUAUUUGGCAAUUCCUCACCUGAAGGUGCUAAAAUUUGGUUUGCAGGUUCAAAGUCUCUCUUCUAAUGGAGACAAAGAAAUGUAGCAUUUAACAAAACAUAUAUAAAGAUCCAUGCUGUGUCAAGUACACCUCCUAGCUUUAAUCCAAACUCUGUUGCUUUUAAAUCAAUAGGCAGCUUUCCAGAUACUGGUGAAAUCCAGCUCCCAUUAGCUCCAUUGAUGAGGAAUGAUGGUUACUUAGAGUGCAACAAUACCAGAAGUACUGCUUAUAUUUCUUACUAUUAGACUUUCAUUCAACAUUUUAUCUCUAACAGUGAAUGAAAGGAGCCUGACGUACCACCAGCAGUAUCCAUUCAAUGCCUACUGUAUUGUGUGAAUGAUUUUUGAAACUAUAUUUGGAGAAAGGGGAUCCCCAAAUCACAAGAGAAUAAACUGCAAUAUGAGACAAGAGUAAAGCCAUCUGCUCACCAUGCCAUGUUUCUCAUCCAAUGAGAAAUACAGUAUAAUAUUUAAAACAAAACUUUGGUCACAAUCCUGAUAGUGCUUCAAUUGCUUCUCUCAAUGUAACAAGAAAGUGACAUCUUUUGUUUCACUGCAGAGGCUGAAGCAUUGUCUGCAGAGUACUUGGAUGUGUGCACAGCAUUCAGUCAUGUGGAUUUUAUUCAAAAUGAUGCUAAAUAGGCAAUCAAGAGAACAUUCUUAUUGUUAGCACAAGAUUUGUUUAGCUGAUUCUACAAUUAUGUUUUUAAUAUUGGAGGAAAGGGCAAGCACUUUGAAUAAAAGUGUGUUGACAUUCAUAAUGCAACUUGUGUAAUUUUUAAAAACAGAUACUCUUCUAUGUCAGUGUUAUCAGAUCUCUCUAAUUUUCUGUUACUCUGCUGCCUUAUUCACAAAUUAUAUUAAGUUAGUUUUGGCUUAAGCUUGACUUAAUGAGUCAAAUGGAAUUGACAGCAUUUAUACAAUCCACUCAGAACCAAUUUGUAGAAUCUUUUCCCCAACUUCUGUCAAUCUGAGUAAUUAAAUUCCUCUUGUGGAAUCCUUGAUCUGUAGUGUAGGUAGUCCUUGACACCCAAUUGAACCAAAAAUUUCUGUUGCUAAGUGAGACAGUUGUUAAGUGAUUUUUGCCCCAUUUUAGGA